GCCGCAAACAAACACAUACUUUCCCUCUGUCCCUGUUUUUUCUUUCUUCCCACGACACCAGACAGCUUCAAGUAUUGAAAGGUUCGUCCACUCCGUCUUCCACAUUUGGCUAUUCUCUUUAGCUUCCCUCCUCUCGAUUCCAACUUCACUCAGUUCUAAACCGGCAGGGCACAAAUCACGCCAUACCUAGAUCUUUCACGGUCAACCUGAAUACAAAACAUGUCUAAGUCAGUGGUAGAUCUUCCUCCCAAGGGUGGAUUUAAUUUUUUGACCUCUGCCGAAAGAAAUGAUAUGCUUGAAAAGAAGGGUCUCAAACCCCAAUCUUUUCUGAAGACUGGAACUACUAUUGUUGGUUUAAUUUUCCAGGAUGGUGUCAUUCUUGGAGCAGAUACAAGGGCCACUGAAGGGCCCAUAGUUGCUGAUAAAAACUGUGAGAAGAUUCAUUAUAUGGCACCAAACAUAUAUUGCUGUGGAGCAGGUACUGCUGCUGACACUGAAGCAGUAACAGACAUGGUUAGCUCACAACUGCAACUGCAUCGGUACCAUACUGGUCGAGAAUCAAGAGUUGUUACAGCACUAACCCUUCUGAAGAAACAUCUUUUCAAUUACCAAGGUUAUGUCCAGGCUGCUUUAGUCCUCGGUGGGGUGGAUGUUACUGGACCUCAUUUGCAUACUAUUUAUCCGCAUGGAUCAACUGCACUCCCCUUUGCAACAAUGGGAUCAGGUUCACUUGCUGCAAUGUCUCUAUUUGAGUCUAAAUACAAGGAAGGCUUGACGAGGGAUGAAGGGGUACAGCUAGUGGUUGAGGCAAUAUGUGCUGGUAUAUUUAAUGACUUGGGAAGUGGAAGUAAUGUUGACGUUUGCGUGAUAACAAAGGGUCAUAAAGAGUAUCUCAGGAACCAUCUCCUGCCAAAUCCUCGUACAUAUGUGAACCCAAAAGGCUUCACCUUCCCUAAAAAGACCGGUCUUUUAACAAAGAUUACUCCCUUGAAGGAGGCGGUGGAAGUGAUUGAAGGAGGAGAUGCUAUGGAAGAGUAGCUUUCACUUACACAGGAACUUAACGUAUCAGGCUGAAACUCGGAACGGUGGAAUGUUGAUGUAAUUUGUAUGCUUAUGGAACCUUGAGCUGUUGCUUUUAUCCCCUCAGAUGAUUUUUCAUUAGUAGGGUUUAGUUGGGGCUAUUUUUGCCAAAAUUUCCAUGAUCUGGAAGGUGUCACUUUUUCCUAAUAACAUCGGCCACGAAAUGCCUGACUGAACAAAA